AUGAAUUUGAUAGUUUUUUCCUUGAUGUGUGUUGAUUUCACCUGGAACAGAAUGGAUCAUCAAGGUCAUGGCCAAAACCCAGCUAUGGGAGUUGUUGGUAGUGGACAAAUGGCCCCUUAUGGUUCUAAUCCAUACCAGCCCAACCAUAUAACUGGGUCACCUGGGAUGGUUGUUCCCUCUGUUGGGAAUAUUCAGCCUGGUGUUCAACCAGACGGAACUCAGAUGGGACAACAUCAACUUGCUUAUCAGCAUAUUCAUCAGCAGCAACAACAGCAGCAACAGCAACAACUCCAGACCUUUUGGGGAACUCAAUAUCAAGAAAUUGAGAAGGUAACUGAUUUCAAAAACCACAGUCUUCCCUUGGCAAGGAUCAAGAAGAUUAUGAAGGCCGAUGAGGAUGUGAAGAUGAUAUCAGCUGAGGCGCCGGUUGUAUUUGCAAGGGCGUGCGAAAUGUUCAUAUUAGAGUUAACCUUGCGUUCUUGGACUCACACUGAAGAGAAUAAAAGACGAACACUUCAAAAGAAUGAUAUUGCAGCAGCCAUCACCGGAACUGAUAUCUUUGAUUUCUUGGUUGAUAUUGUGCCUCGGGAGGACUUGAAAGAUGAAGUGCUUGCAUCAAUACCAAGAGGGCCAAUGCCUGUGGGAGGGCCUGCUGAUGGAAUUCCUUAUGGCUAUAUGCCACCUCAUCACCCACAACAAGCUGGAAAUCCCGGUCUCAUGAUGCAUAAUCCAAACAUGUAUGCUCCACAGUCUCAUCCAUACAUGGCACCUCAAAUGUGGCCUCAACCACCUGAGCAACCACCAUCGCCUUCAGAUCAUUAG